AGCUGCCCCGUGCACACCACGUCUGCCUGCGUUUUGAUUUCAAUUCCUUCUUGUUAUUUACUGCCCCAAUCAGGGAAACGGGAGAUUCCCAGAUUAUAGACUCCUGGUCUUUCAGACACAAAGACCAGCAGGUCUCCAGUCACUUAGGUGGCUCCUCCUUCAGUCACCCCCAUCCCAACUCUCCAGGAUUUAGUUUUUUCCAGCUCUGGUCAUUGCUGCACAAAGAACUCAAGAAUCAUAGCCUCUGGACUUUUCACAGCCCUGCCCGCGGGUCCUACCUGGUCCCAGCCUCCGUCUUUAUCCCGGCUCCUUCCCCAGCCUGGACGCUGGCCCUGCCUCUGCUUCAGCUCCGACAGCCUCAGAGGCCGUGUUGGUCCAAACAUGUCAGUGAAGUAUGAAGACCUCCAGUACUUGGAGAGUGAGAAGAAAAGCCAGGGGUUUACAGAUGGGCUGCCUGCCCUCGAGACCUUCCUGCAGCGGCUCCUCUCCGGCACCCGCUCCUUCCUGCUCUCCCUGGGCCUCAGCCUCCUCCUGCUGGUCGGCGUCUGUGUGAUCGGAUCCCAAAAUUCCAAGUUUCAGAGGGACCUGGCAACCCUGAGAACAACUUUCAGCAACUUCACUUCAAACGCUACGGCUGAGGUCCAGGCACUGAAAUCUCAGGGUGAGCCUGGUGGAAGUUUGCAAGAAAUGAUAACAUCUCUGAAAGCUGAGGUGGAAAGUCACAAGCAGGAGCUGCAAGCAGCCCGUAGCUUGAAUGACAAGGUGCUUUCUCUAGAGAGCAGCCUGGAGAACCAGCUGCAGGAACUCAAAGCAGGUUAUUCCGAAAUGCUCCUGCGAGUCCAACAGCUGGUCAAGAACCUGCACUCCCUGACCUGCAAGAUGGCUGCUCUCAAGAGCAAUGGCUCGCAAAACAACUGCUGUCCUACCAAUUGGCUGGAGCAUGAAGGCAAAUGCUACUGGGUCUCUUCCUCGGGGAAGCCCUGGCCCGAGGCUGAGAAGUACUGCCAGCUGGAGGACGCCUACCUGGUGGUCAUCAACUCCAGAGAGGAACAGGAUUUUGUCCAGGCCCAUAUAGGCUCCUCCUACACCUGGAUGGGCCUCAGUGAUCUGGAUGGAGUCUGGAAAUGGGCGGAUGGGACGGACUAUGAGACCAACUUCAAGAACUGGAAGCCAGGCCAGCCGGACGACUGGCAAGGGCACGGGCUGGGUGGGGGCGAGGACUGUGCCCACUUCCACCCCGAUGGCAAGUGGAAUGACGACGCGUGCCAGAGACCCUACCACUGGAUCUGCGAGGCUGGGCUGAGCAAGGGCAGCUAGGGGAGUGGACCACCUGGCCGAGGAAAUGGCGGGGCUGGGGAAGGGGGACCUUGUCCUUGUGGGAGAGGAAUAAGCCCUGGGAGAUUGGAGCACUGCCAUUGUUUUGCGUUGGUUUUUUUUUUUCCCCCUUAACUUUUAAAAGAUUAUCUAGAGUUCCUAAGGUAUUUUUUAAAAAAUUUUCUGCUUUAUUGUGGUAUAAUUGACGUACAAAAUUGUAAGAUAUUUAAAGUGUACAUCGUGAUUUGAUACAUGUAUACAUUGUGAAAGGAUUCCCCCAUCUAGUUAAUGAACGUAUCCAUGACCUCACAUAUUUAUCUAUUUUUUUUUAGGUGAGAACACUUAAGUUCUACUCUCUUAGCAAAUUUCAAUUAUA